UCCCACUUCAAACUCCGUCAUCCAUGGCUAGGAGAAAUGCUACACUUCCCAUCCGUUUCUUCAAGAUUAUUCUCCAAACUAAUCUUCAAAGGAUUCAAAUACCAAAUAAUUUUACAAGGAGAUAUGGAGUUGGUCUAACAAAUCCAGUGUUGAUCAAGGCUCCUGAUGGCACUAAAUGGAAAGUUUACUGGAAAAAAAUCAAUGGUGAGAUUUGGUUUGAAAAGGGUUGGAAACAUUUUACUGAAAAUUACUCUCUACAACAUGGAUGUUUGGUGGUGUUUAAAUAUAAAGGAACUUCCAAGUUUGAUGUACUAAUACUUGGUAAUAAUGCGGUUGAAAUAGACUAUGAUUCUUCAUGUGACACUGAUGAUGAAAAUGGAAAUGUUGGUCAAAAUGACGAUGAAUCACUUGAGAUUUCAGAUGAAUGGCGAAAUCAGAAGAUUGCUAGAAAAAGGCCACCAUUAUUUUAUCCUCGACCACAUAAGAAAUUUAGCGGUGAGAACAAGAAGAGUACUAAAAGAACUUCAUCCUUGAAUCGGUCAAAUAGAGCUAGAGUUGAGGAAGUAGCUGCAAAAUUCACCUCAAGCAAUCCUUUUUUCACAAUUCUCAUUCUGCCUAAUCAUCUGGUAGCAGGUCGGCCGCGCGUACCAAAUAUACAUUUAAAGGGGGUUAUUGAGAACAAGGAGAAGAAUCUGGUGCUUCAGAUUGGAGAAAGAUCAUGGAAGGUGAAAUUGCUUGCUUCUUACGAGCGUGAGACGGGUCGUCGCCUUUCAGCCGGCUGGUCCUUGUUCGUAAAUGAGAGUGGACUGCAACCUGAAAAUGUUUGUGUCUUUGAACUGAUAAACAAGGAAAAUUUAGUUUUUAAAGUUCAUGUUUUCUAAAGGAACAGAGUUGAUGUAUCUGUUUUGUAUGUUGUUUGUUUGAGUGAUGGUAACAAGAACUAAUUAAGUAACACUAUUUCCUUUCCCUAAAAUUGGUGAAGUGAGCAACAC